AUGUCCACGUAUGGCUUGCAGCAGCAGCGGCGAUGUCUGCUGCUGCUGCUGCUUUCGCUGCUGCUGCUGCUGCUGCUACCCAGCAGCACCCUAGCUGCGCGCUCGCGAGCGGCGCGUUCGUCUGCUGCAGCUCGGCGCAGAGCAGCAGCCGCAGCAGCAGCAGCAGCAGCAGCCGCAAAAGAACCAGUUCCCCUCUACGAUGAGGACAUGCUUCCUGCUGCUGUGCAGGCUUUCCUGCAGCAGGACAGCAGCAGCAGCAGCAGCAGCGGCGCAGUGCAGCUAGUUGCUGCUGUCGGCAGCAACAGUGCAGCAACGCAGCACGGGGUCUCAGCCCUUAUGUAUGCAGAGCUGGACCAUCGGCUGCAUCGCAUGCAGCAUGCGCAGCAGCUGCAGCAGCCCCACAGGCGGCAGCAGCAGCAGCAGCAGGAGGACUAUGAUGGCGGGGCAGCAACAGCAGUCAAAAAGCUGCAGAGCGCAAUGGCCCACCUCUCCAUGCUGCAGCAGCAGCAGCAGCUUCAGCAGCUGCAGCAGCAGCAGCAGCAGGAGGAAGACAAUCAGGGAGAUUCAAGUGAGAACGACACUGCAACAAACCAGCAGCAGCAAGAGCAGCAGGAGCAGCAGCAGCAGCAGCAGAGGCUCGUGUUUCUGCGCCAGUAUUUAUCGGAGGUAGCUACACUGAAGUCGUUGCAGGUUGCGAGCUCUGAGCAGCAGCAGCAGCAGCAGCAGCAGCAGCAGCAAGAAGGCAGCUCAAUUUUGAGCGGGAAUUCCCAGAAGCACACGCACUUCCCGGGCAUCCGCGCAGCGCGAGCAGCCAGCAGCAGCAGCAGCAGCAGCAGCAGCAGCAGCAGCAGCGGCAGCAGCAGCAGCAGCAGCAAAGUGGCCGGGCUACCCGUCGUGCGCGCAAGAAGAGAUGUGGGGGCAGCUUUAACUCAAGCAGCUCUUAGUGCUUCUUUUGAGCAGACGCGGUGGCGUCGGCAGCUGCAGCUGCUGCGCAAGCGGGACAGCAGCAGCAGCAGCAGCAGCAAACAGGGCUACAUCCUCGCGGACUCCUGCAUCGCCGUCGACUUCCGAAGGGCCGUCAGAAAAGCUGCUGCUGCUGCUGCUGCUGCUGCAGAGGAGCGCGACGCUGCAGAGGCCGGGGAGCAGCAGGCCAGCGACGCCGAGAGCGACUCCGCAGCAGCAGCAGCAGAAGCAGCAGCAGCAGCGCGCAGCGGGAGAUAUGAUGCAGCAAACAACAGCUGCAGCUGCCCCUUCGGCUGGAAGCCUUGCUCUCGAGAUGAGGCUUUGAGCAGCUCUUAUGGCUGGAGGCAAACGCUGCAGCGCGUGUGCACCGAAGAGCAGCAGCAGCAGCAGCAGCAGCAGCAGGAGCAGCAGGAGCAGCAGCAGCAGGAGCAGCAGGAGCAGCAGCUGGUGGUCAAGGCGUACGCAAAGGGGCUGUUCUCCUUCGACUGCAGCGGCAACCAGCUGCAGCCUGCUGCUGCUGCUGCUGGAGAGCAGGAGUGUUCUGCUGCUGCUCUGGUGCUUUGCAGGGAAGUUGAGCCGCGGUGUGGCGUCAGCCAGUGGUCGGAGUGGUCGAGCUGCUCGGCCCCCUGCGGCGAAGGCCAGGCCUACCGCUUCCGACGGCCGCUGCUGGCAGCAGAAAUUGAGGGGCUGCAGCAGCAGCAGCAGCAGCAGCUGGAGGCCCCCAGCAGCUGCUUGCCUUACCACUUAGAAGAGCGCCGCAGCUGUUUUGCUGCUGCUGCUGCUUGCCCCUCCCUCGUCGCCCGCCAGCCCUGCUUCUGGGCCUACGCAGACCCCCACACGCCUCAGAGCGUGUACACAAAAGGCAGCUGCGUGUGCACUUUAAAGAGCAAGGGGGCGCAGGAGGAGACGGAGGAGCUGCAGCAGCUUUUCAAAGAAGAGGAGCAGCAGCAGCAGCAACCCCUCGUUGCAUGCACAGCAGCAGAAGCUGCUUACAGCUUCUCGCAAUGGAGGCAGCAAAUCGGACAGUACUGCUUUACGGCCCUUAAGUUGGCUAACAAGCCGCCCCAGAUGAUAAAGUACAGCAGCCAAGCCGGAAGCACGCGCGUUGGCCUGGCCUCUUUGGGCUAUGUCGACUGCUCAGGCGGCUGGGGCCACAUGGACAACAGCUCUAUGGCUGCCUUCUGCGGCCGAGGCCUCCCCAUGCUGUGCAGGCGCAGCAGCAGCAGCAAAGACGCAGCAGCAGCUUUUGCAGUGGACAGCUACACCGAGAUAGAGCUUUCCGCCCUGCAGCAGAGUGACUUUCUCCUACGCGCACCACCUGGAGGAACCGGAGAGCCCUGA